UCAUAGAUCGCGAUCUCAGUGCCGAAUUUCUCGAGGAAAAAAAAGAUCUCACUGCCGCCGCAUCCAUGGCCAGCGACCGUCUAUGGGAGCUCCCCGAUGACCUGCUCAUACGCAUCCUCUCCUUCGUCCCCGUCAAGGAGGCCGCAAGCACCACCCUCCUCUCUCGCCGGUGGCGCAACCCGCUGUGGCUGGAGACUGGCACCUUCAACGUCGACUUGACGUCGGAGCAAUUCUCCAACCACGCCCACAACUGCCUGGCGAUGUGGCGAGACGAGGGAGACGCCCGGGAAGCGCUCCGCCGCGACCGCCGCCCCCGCCGCCUCAAGAAGCUCUCCGUCACGGUGACAGCCAGCAGGGACGACGACAACUACUAUUCGGAUUUCUCGGAAUACCUCAACCCGUUCGUUUUCCACGGCAAGUGCGUGCGGAUGUUCCGGAACGUCGAGGAGCUCCGCCUCGAGUGCCAGAUCGACGCCCCCGCCGGAGCCGGGCCGUUGUCGUCGUCCUCGCCGCCGCGGUACACGUACGCCAUGCCCGGCCCCGAGUACAAUCUCCGUCUGCACCACCUGCCAUGCGAGGAUUUCGGGGUUCUUCACCUCACGGGAUGCAGCCUGAAAGAGGAGAUUCAUCUAUGUCUUCGGAAUCGGAUCGCCUACCCGUGCCUGACGACGCUGCGGCUCCGGCGGUGCACCGUGCCGCUCGGCGAGCUCCAGAGACUGAUCACCGCCGCGCCGGCGCUCGCCGACGUAUGUCUCGAGUCAGUCACCUUCCCGGAUCAGGGAUCCGUCGGCGGCAUGACCACCGACAAACGCGUCCGUCUCCACUGCCCGGCGGUCACCGCCUUCGCCAUGGUCAACUGCCACAUGUUUUGCCGCAGCUUCGAGCUCGAUGCGCCGGCGUUGAUCUGCUUCCGCUACGCCCAGAUCUCAUCUUACGAGCAAUCCAUCUCGCUGAAACCACCUGCGCCGUGCUUGGAAAAGGCUAACCUGGAGUCAAUCUCCGGCACGGAAAUAUUCAGGUCUCUUCUCCACGACAUGUGCCAUGUCAAGGUUUUGAAGCUGACGGUGUACUCCAUUGUUGGUGAUAUCAAGUUUGAGCGAUUGCCUUGCUUCCCUAACCUCAAGCACCUCGUCAUAGAGGAAUUGUGUGGAUUUGCCAUGGGCAACGGCUCGGCGGCGGCGGCGGCAACGGCUAUCGGGGAGCUGCUACAAAGGUGCCCGGUGAUCCGUGAGCUCUGGAUAAGAUUCAGCUGGUCGAAGUAUCUCCAUGAGAGCCCGGACCUGGCAGGUUAUCUGGAAUCCAUGGCGUGCAGAUUUGACGAGUCCGAUUACUGUGAUCGCUGUGCGGUUUCAGCUGCUGACAGGGGAAGACAAGAACUCAACGAUAGUUGGAAGAACUCUCUGAGAAAAGUAACUGUGCAAUUUCAGAAGGGAAAGCUUACGUGUUCCCAAGUCGAACUUGUGAUGUUCUUGGUAGAAAAUGCAGCUGUUCUUGAAGAGUUUGACAUCGACGGAGAAAGUCAGGAUGUCACUGACCAGAUAAACACCAAGAUUGCCACAUGGAGAGCUAGGUCAUCUUCAUCUAGGGAAAAGGAAGCUCAUCCUGCAGGUGUUGGUGCAGAACGUCCUACUCGUCGGCCGCCGCCACAGCAUCUGCACGAGACUCGCUACUUGUACAAUGGGUGGCACCCUACCUUCCGUAGGUGAUCCAGUUCAUCUUCCACAUGCAAGCUGAAUAAUAGGGCUCGACACGGUGACCCGUGAGAUCAGACAAAGAAAAAGUAACUCCAACAAGAAUUCACUGAGAAUGACGACAUGGAUGUCCAUGAAUGACUACUUUUGGAAGAUGUUGAAACUCUGUUUGAUUAUGCUAUUUUGCUACGUUGAGACAAUUUAUGCUGGUGAUGUAUUUUAUUAAGCCUAUUUGGAAUGUUUGAAACCUAUGUAAUGGACUGUUAUGGACUGUUAAAACUAUUUGUCAUAUGGACUGUUA